UGGGAGGUGUGCUCAUGGAUAUCGGGACCUGUGGAAUUUAGACCCUGGGGCCUGGGAGAGGCAGGAGGCAGGAGGCAGGAGGCGUUGGCUGUGUUCACAUUUGGAUGUCCGGGCUCCGAUCGGGGGCAGGACCAGGAGGAAGAAGGGGAGUUGUGUGUGUGUGUGUGUUUUUGAGGUGUAUAGAAGUGCGAGGAGACGGAAGGCUGAGGCUGGAAACAGACUUCGUAAUGAAGAACUUUGAUUCGUCCUACUUGUGUUCCGCUGGGCAACUAAGAAGCAACUCCAUCGCUUGUCAGUGAAACAUACCAAAAAAUUAGAAAAGAUUGAAUUCACUUCAACACAUUUUGGUACCGUUGGCAGGUUCAUGAGAUGAAUUCAAAGAUUUGACUGCAAUUUUGUUUUUCACCUUUCGAAACCUUUUUUAAAAUUCUGCCUGGGUUUCGGUCUUCAGCCUGCCACAAUCUGACAAUGGCGUCUCUGCCACUGUUGUCCGGCAGGGACUCUGUGCCACACAGCAAGCCGGCAUUUGCCAAGCCGCUGAACGACCUGGACUUCCACUCGGGAGCGCGGAUGGAGGAGAUCACCAAGCUGAUCCAGGAGUUUGGCAAACACGAGCUGAGGGACUUCGAUGACCAGCGCGCACUGGAAGUGCACACAGCCAAGGACUUCAUUUUUUCCAUGCUAGGACUGGUGCAGAAACUAGACCACAGGCUGCCCGUGUCGAACGAGUACCUGCUGCUCUCGGGGGGUGUCCGUGAGGGGGUAGUGGACAUGAACCCGGACGAGCUGGGUGGCUAUGCCCGAGGCACGGAUUACGACGUGGACUUCACGCUGCUGGUGCCGGCCCUGAAGCUCCACGACCGCAACCAGCCGGUGACGCUGGACAUGCGGCACUCGGCCCCCUGCCACUCGUGGCUCAGCCUGCGGCUCUUUGGCGAGGCCACCAUGGCCAAAUGGAAGGAGUGCUGCACGGAGACGGAGGCGGGCGAAGGCGGCAGCGGCUACUACUUCUCCCCCACCAAGGUGGCCGACUGGUUCUUCCGCUCCGUGAUGACCGUGAUCGAGGAGCUCCGCAGCCACCCACAGCGGGGGCUGCCCGGUGUGGCAUUGGUGGAGAAGAACGGCGCCGCAGUCUCUGUCAUCCUGAACGUGGGCCGCAGCCGGCUCCUUUACGACAUCGUGCCGGUGGUCUCGUUCAAGGGCUGGCCGGCUGUGGCCCAGAACUGGCUGAUGGAGAACCACUUCUGGGACGGCAAGAUCACCGAAGAGGAGGUGAUCAGCGGCUUCUACCUGGUGCCCGCCUGCUCACACAGGGGCGAUCAGGACAACGAGUGGCGGCUGGCUUUCUCUCGGAGUGAGGUGCAGCUCAAGAAGUGCAUCUCGGCCCACCUGAUUCAGGCCUACCAGGCGUACAAGGCAGUGAUCAUCAAGCUCCUCGCCCGGCCCAGGGCCAUCAGCCCCUACCACUUGAGGAGUCUGAUGCUGUGGGCAUGCGACCGUCUGCCACACAGCUUCCUCUCCCAGGCCGACAACACGGCGUACUUCUUCCUGGGCCUCCUCGAUGACCUGGCCCACUGCCUGGUCAACAAGUCCUGCCCCAACUACUUCCUACCCCAGUGCAACAUGUUCGGGCACCUGUCCGAUGCCACUGUCCUGCUCCUCGCCUGCCGGCUCUCCUCGGUGCGCUCGGACCCCGCCGAGCACCUCCGCAGCGCCAUCGAGCACGCCAAGGCAGCCAGCAAACUGGCGCAGGAGCUGCGGCCGGGCUCGGUCCCCGCCCAGCCGGACGGGCUGCAAUCCGGCACUGCCCGGCAGGACGAUGGGCUGGCCCAUAAGCUGCAGCAGCUAGUGACAGAGAAUCAGGGCAAGUCGAUCUCGGUCUUCCUCAACCCCGACGACGUCAGCAAGCCUCACUUCAGGAUCGAUGACAAGUUCUUCUGAGUGGGGGGGGGGGAGACGAUCGGAGGUGACUCUCCCACUCUGGGAUUUUAGAGGGCUUGUUGUCCAGUGGACAUUGAGAAUGGUUAUCUGCACUGUAGCUUCUCCAGGAUCUAAUUUACUUCCUUUUAAUUGGUCUGGUGUAUUGAUUUAGGACUGCCUGCAAAAAAAGAUACGGGAUAGUUAUUAAGAUUAACCAGCAUUGAUUGCUGUUUGAUCUCUCCCGACUAAUCUUCAGAAUCCAACCCAAUGCUAGUGAGUCAGAACACUGAAAAGACAAGUUAGACCCUUUACACUUUGGCUGCUGAUGGGGGUGGGGGGGGUCGGCGCGGGUUGUUCGUAAUGGUAGGCGCGCAGUUGCUUUUAUGUGGCGGUGCUCCAAUUCCUUUCGCAGUCCGUCCUCCCUGGACCGGCCAGUAGAGAAUGGCAAGAGUCCGGGGGGGUGGGGGCACUGAACAUGUAUGUUACAACUUUACCAAGGAGCAAAAUAGUCAUAGCACUGGAUGCAUAUCUUAUAUAUUAUGGCUGGUUGUCAAUUAGAACUGUCCUACAGCGAGCAGUUAAUGAAUGGGGCACGUGGCUGGGAUUCCAUUGACCUAAUCAAAAUGGUUUGGUAGUGUCUGUUUUAAUAAAGGAUCCUUGUCAGGGCUGAGCUUCUGGUUCAGGAAUCCAGUUCUCUUUUUAACUUGUUUCUGAAUUGGUUUUAAUGUUUUGCCUCUGGGUUGUUAAAGUUGUGAGAUACUUGGUGCCCACGUGGCUUAAUUAGCGGCCAGUAGAUCACAUGGUCUGACAGGAGAGUGGUUUGUUUUACUUUUGACUGCGGAAUUUUUCACCUGGCUGGCCCGCAGAGCAGGGCUGGUCAGUGCAAAACCUGUAGCUGUUUAGUCAGUGGGAAAACUGAGACCGAUUGUGUUGAACUUUAGGUUUGGGAGGUCAAUAUCAUCCAGUGUAGCUCCCUUCCUCUUCCUGGUCAUUCCCAGUUUCCCCAUUCCCCACGUUCCGAUCCUUCCUGCUGACAUUGCCAGUUGAUUGUGCCUUCAAUCAGUUCAGGAAUGCUGGACUGUCAGAAGCAGAAACCUGUAGCUGAGAUCCGAAGUGAUGAAUGUGUCUGCUGGUCAGUGAUGAUACAGGUCGAGUACCCCUUACCUAAACUACUUGGGGCCAGAAGUAGUUUGGAUUUUGGAAUAUAUAAUUAAAUUCAUUUAAUUGUCAUUCAACCAUACUUGAAUCCGACCAAAUGAGACGGUGUUGCUCUGCGGCCAAGGUGAAACACGCAGAAACAACAGUCACACACAGCACAUACAGGAUUGCAAGCACAUGGAGGGAUCAGUAAGAUACAACCAUGGCCAAAAAAAAUAGUCCAGUCUCAAGCCAUGAAUGCCACAGAAAUCUGCAGUCGACCAUAGUACCGCUUGUCUUGUGCUGAACAAACGCUGGGGGGAGUGGGGGGCAGCCCUGACUCCAGCCUGGAGCCACACCACACUGCCCCCAGUGGAGCGCACCGGCUCUGACGCCUCUCUCCUGGUGGCUGUAAACAGGUGACACUGCAGCUUGAAGCUGUGUCCUCACACGUGCAAGAUAGCAAGCACAUUUAGGAUGAAAGUAAAAUGCAACCACACAAAAGAAGUAUAAUGUCCAGACCCUGACUCCAUGAAUGCAGCAGAAAUCUGCAGUUGACACAGUAUAACGUGUCCUCUGCCGAGUGAGCGUGGGAGGGCAGAGCCCCGACUCCAGCCACUGGCUCCGGUGCCUCCAGUGGCUGUAAACAGUCGGCACCACGGCUUGAGGCCUAGUCGUUGCUACAUUCCAGGCCACACGGCUAUAACGACAUUGCCAUUAUUUCCAACUCUGAACUUACGUGCUACCGGUAAGCAAUGUUUGUCUUGCACUUGUUCAUCAUCCAUUUGUACCGAUGCAACCAUUCAGUGUGUUAGAUUUUCAUCAGUGACAAUAUUGGAAAACUCCUCAAUGAAUUUCCCUGCUGCUUCGUCAUCAGCAAAUGCUUUAUCACCAUAAAACUUUAAAAUUUUAAUGCCCUGCAACCGGCCUGCUGAAUAUUCACAAUUACCUUCAAUUUUCAGUUCACCGUGUUGGGUCUUUACUUGCUUCAUGAUCAGCGUACAAUUAGCGGCAUGUGUUCACUCUGAAGCUGACGAAUCUACACUUCCAAUACCUGAUCACGAUCUUCAUUUUUGGCUUUAUGUGUUGUUUUUAUCUUUUUCAUUAAUUUCUGUCCAUGACAUCUCAGAACUAUCUGUGGUGUGCAGAGACCCGCGUACUAGCCGGGUACCUUCCUAGUGUCCCGUGGAAUUCUCCAUUGUGGUGUCACGUCAGUGCUCAAAAAACAUUUCUGUAUUUCAGACAUCUUUGGAUUUGGGAAUUUUGGAUAAGGGGUACGCAUUAGAAUUGUAAAUGGGAUGAAUUUGGGGGAGCUGAUAUCAACACCUCACAGGACUUUAUGGAGAAAUCCAUAUGUGUAUUGAAAGCAGCUGAAAGUGUGUCUUUGGCCUGUCGCAUCUUGCUGUAAGAUCCCUUUAGGGACUGAGGGCACUCCCUGUGAAGUUGGUAGAGUGGCAGAUUAGGCAAUUCCUUCACACACUCAGUGGCCACUUUAUUAGGACGGGUGUGGGACCUGGUGUGGUCUUCUGCUGUAGCCCGUCCACUUCCAGGUUCAAUGGGAUGAGUGUUCAGAGAUGCUCUUCUCUGCACACCACUGUUAUAACAAGAUUCAAAUACAUUUAUCUUCAAAGAAUGUAUAAAUUACACAGCCUUGAGGUUUGCCUGUUUACAAGUAGCCACAAAGCAAGGAACCCAAAAGACUCAAUUGAAGAAAAAAAUAAAUAUAAAACACUCAAUGCGCAAGAGAAUUGAAGUGAACAACACAUGGUUAUUAACAAGAUGUUUUCACCCACAGAACUGCCUCUCACUGGAUUUUUUAUUUUGUAAACUCUGUAAAUUAUGUAGACCACUGUGUGUGAAAACCCCAGAGGAGAUCAGCGGUUACUGAGACUCUCAAAUCACCCCGUCUGGUGCCAGCAAUCAUUCCACUUAGGUCACUUCUCCAUUCCAAUGUUUGGUCUGAACAAUAGCUGACCACGCCUGCAUGCUCUUAUGCAUUGAGUUGCUGAAUAGUUAUUUGCAUUGAAGUUCAAAGUUUAUUUUAUUAUCAAGAUACAUACACAGUAUGUCACCAUGUACAACAUUGAGAUUCAAUUUCCUGUGGGCAUACUCAAUAAAUUCUGUAGAGUUAUAACUAUGACAGAAUCUAGAGUAUUCAACCAGAAUGCACUAAAGAGUAGAUACACCUAAUAAAGUGGCCACUGAGUAUACAUCGCUGAAAAUGUUGAAGAUUCUGGCAUGGAGUGAGAAUGUACGCAGGGAAACCUUCUGCUUUGUUGUGUGGGCAUUACUGACACCUAUCCAUCCCGAAAUGAAAUGAGACAGGUUUUUAGUGACAAUCAGAUAGUUUCAAAACUGCUGUUCCUGAGGUCUAAUUCUUUCAUUUUUAAAAAAUUUCCAGAUUUAGUUUAUUACUUGGUAGAACCUGUGGUCCAGAACUCUGAUUGUCACUAGCUUAACCUCAAAGCUUCUGAAUCACUGAGCGAUACUCUCCUGCCAACUGUGGCAUAUGAAGAGUAGAAGGACACUUUUAGACUAAUUAUUGGAAGAAGUUGGGCGAGAAGAAGUGGUCUGCACCAAGUAAAACCUGUGUGUGUUCUGGGUACCCUGGGAAGUAGAAGUGGACGAAUCUCCAUUUCGCUAGUUCAAUGGUUCCCAACUUUCUUUAUGCCAUGGGACCUUACCGUUAACCAAGGGAUCCCAGGUUGUGAACCCCUCCACUGGUUGAAGUUGUAUUCAUCCUUUAAAGUACCUAAGGUGCUUUACAAAGGUGAAUACAACAGAAUUGACCCAUUGAAUGAUUGUGUGUUCAAAUAGUGAGAUGUGGCAUUGCUUUCGACUUCAGGGUUGAACGUCUGUCAGGUGCAGUGGGGUCCCACCAAGCAUUACCAAACUCUACCUCACUUGAUAAAGUUUUCAGUGUCUUCUGCUCACUUGCUGGGCAAUAUCAGAUGUCUUAUCUCAGGGAGGGAAAACUCAUUGCCAUCUUGUGUUUGAAGCAUAUCUCUUGAUGCAGUCACUGAGGCUUGCUGUCAGUGUGUUUGCAUAGAACGCAGAGCACCGUACAGACCCUUUGGCCCACAAUGUAGUGCCGACCUUUUAACCUGCUCAAUCUAACUCGGUUCUCGAUCUUUAUAUCGUCCACGUUCCUCCGGCAUUUUGUGUGUGUGUACUUCUUUCAGCAUUAGCAGCCAGGUACAGGUCCAUUACCAUGUUCCCCUCACAGAGAACUCCAGGACACGACCUGGCAAAGUCCUGGAAUUACCGUUUUAUUUCUUCAAAUUCCUCCUGCAUGGAAAGAUGUCAUCUGAGCCAUUCAGCCCCUCCCUGCUGCCUUGCAUUUCUGCUGGAUUCAGAGUGCAUUAACAAGUUACAGAACCUGUGGGUGUGCUGGUGGCAGCCUGCAAGAGUUGCCACACUUUCCAACACCAACUUAGCGUGCCCACAAUGCUCAGCAGAAUACAGUGAAAUAGAAACAGAACAUAGUAAAGUAUAAAACAAGACACAGUAAAAUAGAAACACAGAACAGUGAAAUAGAAAUCAAGCAACAAAACAGGUGCCAUUCAAAGUACAAAGAACUUAUUAUCUGCUCAACUCUGCCUCUCACCCGCACGCUUUAACGCCUCACCAUCACUCGCCUCUCCGUUGUUUGUGCUGAUCGUUUACCUUUUAUUUCACGAGAAAAGGAGUUACUAAUAAAGUAUUUAGUUGUAUUCUUUGUUUUGUUUGCCACCAGUCACUUUGUCUUAGUGCCAUCUCAAACUGGUCUUUGCUAUCUGUACACUCCCAAUUUUAAGCAAGAACUUGAAUCUGCUCUGUGUAAUUAAUUCAACAUCACCAAACCAGUGGGAAUCAUUGCGUCCGCCACCAAGUGUGCACAGCAAGUAAUUCAAAACUGCCCCUUUCUUUCUGGGAGGAUCGAUAAGGACUGGUGUGACUCUUCUCUUUUAUUUUCCAAUGAUGAGGUGAACCUUAUUAAAAACCAGAUAUAUUGUAUGAAAGUCCUGAUAUAUUUUCAAAGUACAGACUUCACUCCCUGCUACCGCCUGGUGAGGAGUUCCUUUCAGCCUCACCAAGCCUGGCAGUUCCGUAUCUUGCACCUCCAGAUAUCGUUACAGUCUCUCUGUUCUUCACUAACUUCAAACUCUAGUACUUGAUUUGAAAGUAGCAUUGGCCACUAUAUCAUCAGCAUCUGACAGGACAUCAGGCAGAUAUUCAAUCUAAAGUUCCUCCUCAGCCAGGUUAUCUUUCCCUUUUCCUUCCUUUGCAGUUAAUCGGGCCAGCCACUUAUUUAGGCCAACUCUGAAAGAACAAAAGCUAAUCAAGGAAGUAGCCAGGAUUGCCUUCAUAUAUUUGGGACUCUAUGCGGAUUAAUUGGGAUGGGAGGCUGCUUUUGAACAGUUUCUUACUAGUGUCAUUUGUGUGCACAUAUAUGGCCGUUUACCUUUCCCACCCACCUGGCUUCACCUAUCACCUUCUAGCUAUCCUUGCCCCCCCCCCCACCACCCAACUUUUUAUUCUGGCAUCUUCUCCCUUCCUGAAGAAGAAUCUCAGCCCAAAACAUUGACUUUUUUUUUCAUUUCCAUAGCUGCUGCCUGACUUGUUGAGUUCCUCCAGCAUUUUGUGUGUGUGUUGAUCUGGAUUUUCAGCAUCUGCAGAAUCCCUUGUGUUUUAUGUUGUAGAGCCUUUCUGCCCGCUACAGUGAAUCAGCUUGUUAGGAUGCUCUCUACUGCACGUCUCUAGAAUAUGGUGGAUAUUAGAUGUUCAUAGUCCAGCUCUCUUCAGCUUCUGGGGCCAUGAGAUGUGCGAGAGGAGGGGAUUGCAGCUGUUGAUGUUAUGAGUGAGUUCUGAAAUUGAUAACCAUCUCCUUUGUUUUGUUGACAUUAGGGAAAAGACACUUGCCUGGCACCAGGCCUUGAGUUCUUCCGCCUCCUCUCUGUAGGUUGUCUCAUCGUUGUUGGCGAUGAGCUGCACCAUUGUCGUGCCAUCAGCAAACUUGCUGGUGCGAUUGCUUGGGUGAUUGGCUGUGUGAAUAGAGUGUACAGCACACAGCCCGGGGGGAGGGGGGAGCAGUUGUGCAUCCUGACUAUCUGAGGCCUGUUGGUUAGAAAGUUCAACACCCAGUUGCACAGUGGUGUAUUUAGACCAAGAGUAGGAGUUUGUUCACCCUGGUCUGUGGGGUAACGGUGUUGAAUGCCAAACUGAAACCCAGAAACAAAAGUGCCCUUGCUUUCUAUCUGUGUCAAGGUCAGGUGCUGUGGUGUCUGUCAUAGAGUUGUUCUGUCGGUAACUUGAAAGUAACAGCAGCCAAUUUAAAUCAGCGGGCCUGGUUUGAGUGGUCAGAGGCCAGAGAUUCAGGCUGGGAGGUUGUAUUUCCUCAAGGAAGCCUCUGCCCUCCUGGUUAACUCUUCCCAUGACAGAGCUUGAGAUAAAUCUUUUGUUUAGACAGUGUGUUGUCUGCUUUAUCUUUACUGGUAGAACAGUGCAGGCUAUUCAGCCCACAUGGUGCUGACCUAUUAACCUUCUGGAGGCAUAAAAAUUCCUUAAUAAGACCAUAAGAUCAAGGAGCAGAAUUAGACCAUUUGACCCAUGGAGUCUGCUCUGCCACUUCAUCUUGGCUGAUCCAUUGUCCCUCUCAGCCCCAAUCGUAUGCCUUCUCCCCAUAUCCCUUCAAGCCCUGACUAAUCAAGAAUCUAUCAAUCUCUGCAUUAAAUAUACCCAAUGACUUCGCCUCCACAGCCGCUUGUUGCAACAAAUUCCACAGAUUUAUCACUCUCUGGCUAAAGAAAUUCCUCCUCGUCUCUGAUCUGAUAGGAUGCCCCUCUCUACGGAGGCUAUGUCCUCUGGUCCUAGACUCCUCCACCGUAGGAAACAUCCUCUCCACAUCCACUUCAACAUCCGACAGGUUUCGAUGAGUUCACCUCCUUUACAAAGCCCCUAAGACAUCCUGUCAAGUUCAACCAGGAAGUUUUGCGAUGUCACGUACAAAAUUAAGUCAGAGAAUGGCAUAGGUCUUAAACAUUUCCACCUUCUGAGGGUUUAAACCUUGUGCUAAGAAUCCUUUUAGCCCAUCCCUCAAGUCUUCCUUUCCAGUGGUCACUAGAACAUCCUGUCCAUAGUUUGAUCUCAGCUCCUAGGUCUUUUCUCCACUUACCUGGAGCAGAGGUUGGUGGAUAGCUGUAGUGUUGGCUUGAAAAGAUCAAUGGGAAAUAUUUAUCAAGUUUAUGGAAGUGUAAUAACAGUUAGAAAGGUACCACAUCGUUGAAAGAGUACAGAGAAAGUUUUCAAGGAUGUUGCCGAGUUUGAAAGACAAGGAAAGGUUGGAUAGUUUAGAAUUUUAUUCCUCUGAAUGUAGAAGAUUGAGGGGAGUUUUGCUAGAGAUUUACAAAAUGAAUAGGGGUACAGUUAGAAUAAAUUCAAGCAGGCUUUUCCACUGAAGUUGUGUGGGACUGCAGCUAGAGGUCAUGGGUUAAGGGUGAAAGGUGAAAAGUUUAAGGGGAAACUUCUUCACUCAGAGGGUUGUGAGAGUGUGGAAUGAGCUGCCAGUGCAAGUGGUACACACACGGUCAAUUUCAACGCUUAGAAGUUUUGAUAGGUACGUGGAUGGGAGGAGAAUGGAGGGCUAUGGUCCCGGUGCAGGUCAAUGGGAGUAGGUAGUUUAAAUGACUCAAGCUAAACUAGGUAGAUCAAAGGGCCUGUUUAUGUGCUGUACUUUUCUCUGACUUCUUGACAAGAUGGUCAGUGAACAAUGUUCUAGUGUGUGUCACACUGGAACAUUACCUCCUCAGGAAAUACAUGUUCUUCUUUGCCGUUGUCAGCUAAAUUUCUCCACUAUCUUUGGUGCAAUACUGGGUGUUAUACUUCAGUGAGGAAUUACACUCUUGUGUCUUAUUCUUCAGGCUGAGGUGGGCACCUCUGACUUUUGAGAUUUCUUGUUCCCAAUAUGGAUGCUUUGGUGCCUUCAGUCUGCAGGUUAAGACCAUUAGACCUAGGAGCAGAACUAGGCUCUGCGGCCCAUGGGCGUCUGCUCCACCAUUCCAUCAUGGCUAUGGCUGAUUUAUUAACCCUCCCAACUCUAUUCUCCUGCCUCUCCCCAUAACCUUUGACACACUUACUAAUCAACCUCCACUUUUAAAUAUACCCAAUGACUUGGCCUGCGCAGUUGUCUGUGGCAAUGAAUUCCACCCAUUCGCCACUUUCUAGGUAAAGAAAUUCCUCUUCAUCUCUGUUCUAUUCUGAGGCUAGACUGUCACACUAUUGGAAACAUUUUCUCCACAUCCACUCUUAUCUUUCAAUAUUUGGUGGGUUUCAAUGAAAUUUACCUCUGCCCCCCCACCCCCCCCACACCAUUCUUCAGAGUCUAGCAAAGUACAAGAACUAUCAAAAGCUUCUCAUAAGUAAACUCUUGGGAUCAUUCCUGUAAAACUGCUCUGGGCCCUCUGAAACCUCUUCUGCAGUCUCUAAGAUGGUUCUGUAUGGGACGGUCCAGAUGAAUGAUUACAACUCUUGGGCUCUGUUGUCCCAAGGUUUGACAUUAACGUGACUGUGUCCUUCAUAAUGCUUAGGAGCUUGUCUAGUAAGCUAUGUUGGUCAAUCAACCCUAAGUUGGCGAAUCUCAAGUUCUGGUUCUUCAUGAAUGGGCAUGUCUGCCCUUCAUCUGGGAAGGUACAUCUCACCUUCAAACGACCAUGGUGCGCAUAUAAAGUGCACUACUGAGCUGCUGCCACUCCCUGCCAACUUAGAAUUGGCUGAUGGUUCAUAUACGGUCUGCGAUUGUCUGUCCAGCCCCGCCAGUGGCAUCUCCGCUCCUAAAUGAAUGUGUUUGGCAAAUUGUGAGUUUAAAUCCUUCUCUGAAUUGGUGCUUGUAAUCAGAUGCUUCUGCAAGUAAAUAGAGUUUAGGAACUAGGGCAUCAUACGGCAAGGAAAGAGGCCAUUCAGCCCAUUAACUAACCAUUCUCCCACUGGAUUUUACUAUGCACCCACAUGAGGGGCAGUUUACAAUGGACAUUAAACCUACUGACGAUCACGUCUUAAGAAUCUGCAAGGAAAGGGGGAAUGUGGAAAGACCACACAGGUCAGGUGUGAAACUAUGUCACCGGUGCUGUGAGGGAGCAGCACCACUAAUACAUUUGAUAUCAGGUACAUCUUUUGUCAUGCAUUGAACUGUUUAGAAGCAAAAUGGUCUGUUUCGUGUUGGGCAUGGGAAAGGUGAACACAAUUUUGUUUGGGAUAUUUUGAUAAAUGGUCUUUGCGGAGUGGGUGGGUGGGUCUCUGUGUUGUCUUCCUGUGUGGGACCAGUGAGUGCACUUUUCAUUUGAAUGUCACAGGUUUAAAAAAAAGGUAAAGUUCCUCCCUGCGCCUUGUGUGGUGCAUCGGGCAACAACCUUGCCGUUUCUUUAGUGCUAGUCUUUUUUUAAUGAAGCCGAGUUGCUAGCUCGA